AGUGCAUCGCAGCUAUAUAUAACGUCAAAAGAGUUAUUAGUAUGACCUCUUUUAUCAGCUCUUUUUUUUCUCCUGCAUAAGUGUCAAACACUCGUGCCGUCACACUGUAACGACUUUCCUACAUCUGAACAGGGGACAAUGAUCACAGACGGCCUGCAAUCAACCGAUGCUCCCCACUGAACGCAGAAAGUAAAAGCACAACGCACCACCGCGGCCAAUUCACUGUCCGUUACAAGAGUGAGCGCGACUCACGCGUUAUGUCAAAUUCUCCCGCCAAAAAAAACGUCAAACACAAGUCACGACACGAGUUUCGUCCGAAAACCUUUAACUUUUUUUUGGGAAUAUUUAAAGUCUUUUUAUUUGUUUAAAGUGCGUCGAACUCCGGAGUGCGCCGUCCCCAGUUUCAUAAGUGCUUAUAGAAUGUUAUUGUGUGGUCGCGCAGUGAAAGUGGCGUGACGUAAGAGUUACAUUAGAGCUGUUAUUAUGGCGGAUAUCGCUCGAUUCGGGAAGCGGUGUCUUACUGUUUUCGGAAUUUUUGGUGUAAUACAGAUAUUACCAGCGGGAUGUCAGUACGCAGACCACCACAUGGGUAGGUAUGCAUCAAUUCUUCUAGUCGCCCCCUACCUCUUGCCUCAAGUACAGACUUUACAACGUUCUUUCCAUCUUCCAGUAAGCUUCGUGCAGAGCCCGGGUGACUGGAACAGACACUCACAGCAAAGGAACCCCCCAUGGCAUCAGUUCUCAUCACCAAGAAAAAGAUCUCCAGACCAAAGCGCUUACUACGCAAAUAACCAGUACGACCCUCAGUAUGGCUUUAACAAUUAUGGUCCUCAACCUAAUCAAAUUGGUAAUCCCCACUAUGGACAAACCCAAAACUAUCCGGGACAACAUUUCCCCGGACCGCAAUAUAAUAGCAGAUCAUCCGUAGGACUGAUCUAUUCUGAUCCAACAUAUCAGAACGAUCCGAGGUUACUGUCAGACUCAGCGUUCACGAAAAUUUCUGAAACCCUCGGUGCUAUCAAUACCGUCGGUCACUACCUAGUGGAUAUGGUCAGUGACUCUCGAGAUAGGGAUGAAAAGGAUCCCAAUUUACAACGGUUGCCGCAUGCUCUGUACACCAUAAGUAAAAAUGUUUUAGGCCGAAACGUUACCGAUAAAAUAGCGCCUAUCGUAAAGAAGGCUCUACCGAACGUAUUACCCGAUGUCCCUGUUUCAAAAAUAACGAAUAUUGAGGCAGAAGAAGACAGAGGAGCUAUAUGUUCAACACCUGAGAACGAGGAAGGCUACUGUGUAGAUUUGUCGAAUUGUCCGAAACUGCUGCUGAACUUCAUGUACCUCCGAGAAUCCUUGUGUUUCAAGGAUUCGCUUGUCCCUGGAGUCUGUUGUCCGAAGUACGCGAUCACACCUUCGGAGAAACCGGUAGUGGCUUCAUCUAGUAAACCGACACUGUUAGUACCAGUGACAACUCAGAAACCUAAGCCUGUGGUGACUGAGAAGCCGUCAGCGGUGUUGGUGCUCACGACGAAAAAGCCGAAGCCGAUUACCACCACGAAACGGCCGCCCAGCACCACGCGGCGGACGACCACUACUACGCGCCGCCCGCCCACCACCACGGUGACCACACCCAGGACUACAUCAUAUUACACAGUCGCGCCACCUGUUAUCAGCAAUUACUCUAACAUUGUUGAUAUUGAAGACUGCGGCCAACGAGAAGACGAAGGUGGUCGCAUCGUGGGCGGCACAGAAGCCAAGUCCGGCGCGUGGCCGUGGAUGGCCGCCAUCUACCUGCACAGCCCCAAGGGCCGCGAGUUCUGGUGCGGCGGCACGCUCGUCAACAAGAAGCACGUGCUCACCGCCGCGCAUUGCACUCGGGACUCCAAGCAGAAACCAUACCCUCCCCGUCAGUUCAGCGUGCGUCUGGGCGACGUGGACCUGGCGCGGGACGACGAGCCCUCGCGGCCCGUCACGUUACGCGUCACCGACGUCAGGACACACAACCAGUUCUCAAGGGUCGGCUACUAUAACGAUAUCGCUGUGCUGGUGCUUUCAGACAACGUCCAAAAAUCGAAAUACGUGAUACCAAUAUGCCUACCUCACGGAGAGCUAAGACGGCAGCAGUUCGACGGAGCUAUCGCCACAGUGGUGGGGUGGGGCAACACGCGCUACGGCGGCGGGGAGAGCUCCAAGCAGCUGGAGGCCAGGAUGCCGGUGUGGAGGAACGAGGACUGCGACCGAGCCUACUUCCAGCCCAUUACUGACACGUUCCUGUGCGCUGGGUACGCGAGAGGCGGUGUUGAUGCUUGUCAGGGUGACUCAGGAGGACCUCUCAUGCUUCAAGUGAAAGGCCGUUGGGUACAAAUAGGGGUGGUUUCGUUCGGAAACAAGUGCGGGGAACCGGGCUACCCAGGAGUCUACACCAGGGUCACACACUACUUCAACUGGUUACAAGAAAACUUAAUUUAAAUAUGUAACGUAUAAGUCAACGAGUUCGAUAAUUUAUGUUAAUUAUUACGUAAAACAUGUUAAUGCAACGAGUCACUUGUAGUUUAAUAUUUAUUAGAGAAUGAUAAUAAAUAAGAAGAAUUGUUAUUUUUAAUGUUGAAACGAAAUUAUCAUUUUUAUUAUCAAUUAAUAUCUUAGUUAUCAACUGGACCUAUUCCUUUUAUUCAUAGUAAAUAGUAAAAAUAGCACUCCAUAGUUUUUCAGGUUUAAUACCUCUCACCCAGUUACCAUGUUUCAAGAAUAAGUUAGUUAAUUUAAGUAACAAUUUGUAAAAAUAUUAAUUUAUUUUUUACUCAUAAUUAUGCGUACAUAAAUACUGCACUCGAUCUAUUUAUUAGCAGGACCACAGCUGGACCUAUUUACUUAAAAAGAUAAAAGAUAUUGUGAUAAUUUUAUAAUUUAA